AUGGUGACGCCGCAGAUCGAUAUUAACGAGAGAAUGAUUCGAGUUUUAGCGGGAAGCUUGGGUGGGGUCAAGAUGGUGGAGAGCUUUCUUGAGGAGAGUAGUCCGCCACGCCUGAGCUCGGACAAGCUCGUGGUAGCCACGCCUCAGCCCAAUCCUCCCUCCGGAUCGGCCUUCCAUGAGAUGCCAUCUCCAACCUCCAAACCCUCGUCCCCCUCUGGCGAAGAUGUCGAAAAGGUUUCUCCCUCCACAUCGACAUCACCACCUCCCGAUGAACUGCGUCGAGCCCUCGGCACGCGUCACAUGGUCAUGAUUGCAAUCGGGGGCAUCAUCGGACCCGGGCUCCUCGUUGGCUCCGGUCAGGCCCUUGCCUCCGCCGGUCCCGUCGGCGCACUCAUUGCCUUCGCCAUUACGGGAGCCAUCGUCUAUUUCGUCCUGCAAGCUCUCGGUGAAAUGGCCACAAUCUUCGCCAUUCGUGGAUCGUUCAUUGAAUAUGCCGGAAGAUGGGUCGACCCAGCGCUUGGGUUCGUCGCAGGAUGGGUGUAUUGGGAGCUGUGGGUGAGCGUAUUAAGUAACGAGUACAAUGCGGUGGCGAUUGUAAUCAGAUACUGGGAUGGUGCGCAGGUUGUACCGACGGGAGCUUGGAUUGCGAUCUUCUGGGUGCUGUUCAUGGGGCUGAGCAUGCUGGGUGUCUUGGCGUAUGGCGAGGUUGAGUUCGUGUUGGCAACAAUCAAGGUGAUUGGAAUAGUCGUGUUCUUCAUUCUCAGCAUCGUCAUCAACGUUGGUGGUGCGGGUGGCGAUCAAGGCUACAUCGGUUUCCGAUACUUUAAGACACCAGGUCCCUUCAACGGUACCGGAAUUGACGCCCUGAACGGCAUCGCAAAGAUCCUCGUUGUCUCUGCAACCCUGUACGCUGGAACCGAAGCAACCGCCAUCACUGCAGCCGAGUCGAAAAACCCUGCCAAGUCGGUCCCCAUCGCCAUCCGUUCCGUCUUCUACCGCAUCCUCGUCCUCUACCUCGGCACGAUCUUCUUCAUCGGUCUCAACGUCCCCUCGGACGACACGUCGCUCGUGUCUGCCAAAUCCAAAGCCGCCGCCUCCCCACUCACCAUCGCACUCCGUCGCGGCGGUAUCGGUGCAGCAGCCUCGCUCAUCAACGCGCUCAUCAUCCUCUCCGUCAUCUCUGCCGGAAACUCUUCGCUGUACAUCGCCUCUCGAACCUUGCAGUCGCUCGGUGCGACCGGUCGAGCACCCGCGAUCCUCGGCUGGGUCACCCCACGCGGCAAAGUCCCCAUCCCCGCCCUCGUCCUCUCCAACCUCGUCGCCCUCAUCUCUCUCCUCUCCAUCAACGCCGGCGCCUCCACCGUCUUCACCUACAUCAUCAACAUCUCCGGCGUCUCCACUUUCAUCAUCUUUGCCAUCAUCUGUUUCUGCCACAUUCGAUUCCGUCAGGCGUGGCUGAAACAGGGUAACACCUUGCAAGACUUGCCCUUCAGAGCCUUCGGCGCACCGUACGGAACCUGGGGAGCGUUCGUGCUGAACAUCGUGCUGAUGUUCUUCCAAGGCUAUACGACGUUUUUGAAUCCGAGAAAGGCGGCGGAUAUCGUGGUAGCUUACAUUGUGAUUCCGGUGGCGGUGGCGUUGUUUGUAGGGUGGAAGUGGUGGCACAAGACAAAGAUGGUGGCGUUGGAGGAUGUGGAUUUGACUGAAAGUUCGCCUCGCUCGUUAGGACAGCGGACGCUGCUCCAGGUAUCUUUCGAUGUGCGUCAGCUGCGGCCGCCGGCCCACCUUUGUUCGAGACGAGCUUCGCUUCCUCUGCCCGUGUCCGAUGCCUCCAUCCGCUGCUCAAUCAAACACAAGUCGCCACCAGAGAAUCGGGGUACUACUAUGCUGCACGUCGUGAAGCGUGCUACUUUUCCGCAGCUACCUCCGCAGCUACCUUUGGAUGACAUGAGGUAA